UUAUUUCCCAGGAAACAAAACUCUGCUUGCAUAAACGAAGAACAUAUUUGAAAACACAACAGUAUAAACUUUCUGUUUAAAAAAAGAUAUCACAGCCGACCCAGGCAGGAUUGACUUCUGAGACUAUCAAUAUCUUAGAUAAUAUUUUUUGUGUUAUUCAUGGCUGUUACUCAAACACCGGUGACUUCAUCAUGCCAAACAGCUACUUGGAGGACAUUAAAAGAAAUGGGUGUGGAAAUGCUUAACAGCCUCAACUCCAGAGGGAGGAGUUGUUUCAGUUCAUUUCAGAAACCACUAGCAAAGGAAAGCUGGAAGCUUACACAAAGGCAAGGUAGCCUGAGACUCCGCAGACCUCCUGAAAUCUUUGCUCUAUCAAGAUCUGAAAUGACUUCAGUCAUGGCUGAAAACGAUACAACCCUUUACAGUGUUACAUCCAGCUGGAAAUCUGGGACAGAUCAAUCCAUUUUACUCGACAAGACAAGCAACAGCUCCUUGUGCCUCUGGCCAAAAGAAUGGCAGUGGCUAUUAGAUAUCCAACCAGUGUUCCUAUGGAUUCUUGCAGUUGUAGGAAUAGCUGAGAACGUGUUUGUCCUCAGUGUUUUGUGCUUCCACAAGAGCCGUUGCACGGUGGCUGAAAUUUACUUGGCAAACUUAGCCGCAGCUGAUCUUCUGUUACUCUGUGGUUUACCUUUCUGGGCCAUCAAUAUAACCAAUAGUUUUGAGUGGCCAUUUGGACUCCCUCUUUGUAAAGCCAUCAAUACCAUCCUAUACAUGAAUGUGUACUCGAGUAUUUACUUCUUGGUGAUGGUGAGCAUUGAUCGCUAUCUGGCAUUAGUAAAAACUAUGUCACUGGGGCGUAUGAGACGACCUUGGUGUGCUAAAAUGAACUGCUUCAUCAUUUGGCUCUCUGCACUUUUCCUAUGUUCUCCUGCUCUGAUAUUCAGAACCUUAAAAUAUGUACCUCAGUAUAACGUCACAGCCUGCAUGCUAGUGUACCCAUCCACAGAUGAGUGGGUAGUGAUUACAAACACUUUGCUUAACACCAUAGGUUUUUUGAUGCCCCUCUGCGUCAUCGCCUACUGUACGGUUCAGAUCAUCCAAGCUUUGCAAAAAAGUGAAUUUACAAAGAUCAAAGUCAUUCAGACUGAGAAAAAAGCCACCGUCCUGAUCCUUUCAGUCCUUUUUCUGUUUAUUAUCUGCUGGAUCCCUUUCCAGAUCACCACAUUCUUGGAGACGUUACAACAAAUCAAGGUAUUUUCAGGCUGUGAUUAUGAACAAGCCAUUGAUGUGGCGACACAGAUUGCCACUUACUGCAGUUUCAGCAACAGCUGUCUUAACCCAAUAGUGUACGUCAUUGUGGGAAAACAUUUCCGAAAAAAAUCCAAAGAACUCUUCUGUGGCACCUUCCUUAGGAGACCCAGCGCAGCACCAUCUGUCCAGAUAACGACUGUCAUGGAAACUCUUCGGAUGUCCUUUUCAGUGGAAAAUCACAGGAAAAAAUCUGCUGUUAACUUGCCAUGAUGAGACAGUUUGAAUAGUUCUGUUGGAACAGGCAAAACAUUACAUGUAGCGGUGCAUCUUGAAGAAAGUGGACUAAGGCAUUGCUGCUGAAAUUUGAGAGAAUCUCACAUGUUAGCAUCAUCCAGGGGUGGGCAGAACGUAGAUCUGGAUUGACUGGCUAAUUAGUGAUUUGCAGCCAUCAUAGAAACAAGACUGUCACAUGAUGUGAAAUGUUCGGUGCUAGUCCACUGCCUCCUCGCUAUGAAGCUGUUUCCAGCUAUUGAUUGGAAAUCCUGUCAAUAUCCUCUGAUUAUGCCACAAUCCCAGAACCUACCUGGCUCAAUGAGGUUCAGGUGCUUUUGUGAUGGUAUGUUAGUGACAUCAGGAUUGCCCAUUUCCCUUUAAAAGGGGAAUUAAUUUUUGUAAAUUUUGACACUAUAAUAUGCAUAUUUGCAAAGUGUUGGUUUUUUAAAAAUUCAAAAACAGCAGAAGCAGCACAGUGGGAGGGCUUCCCAUCAAAAGUAGAAUCCUGCACUGCUGAGGCAUCGCAGUUGCACAACACCAGCAAUAAUGUGAAAAGAAGUAGCCACUAUCCCCAAUCACAGGAACAACAUGACAUAGUGGUUUUAUAUGCUUGUAUCCCACUUGGCAAAUUCCAAUUUUUCUCAAGUGCAGAAUCAGAUUGAUUUAGACCUUCUGAAAAUUAUACUGCUGAAAUGAAAAAGAGUUUGCGGUUUUCUGGAAUGGACAUUUGUCUGGAGAGACUGUGAGUUCUCCCCUGUCCUGGUACUCAAAACCAAGUCUUAGAUUCUGAAAGCUAAACGUAGGCCUUUUGUACCAGAUUUAUAGUAAAAAACCAAAGUUAAUCCAGCAAGCCUGAGGCCACCUUGUCCUUAGUAUGAACCACCUGCUCCAGCCAACACAUGGAUGUGUAUCUUCUUUCCAUGGCUGAAGCUUACUACAUAUGCUUUUAAACACCUUUCAAAUGCUGGUUUUUACUCCAGUCUCACUUCUUUUAUUUGACACCUGCCUAAUCUCUACAAAACUUUAGUAUACCAUAAUGUGUUUGGCUACAUAAAGAAAUGUGUCCUAUUGACAUUUGUGCAAACAAAAACAUGUGUGACUGAUAUUCCAUGGAGUACUGUAUAAUUAAUAGCUUUGUGUGUUUCUGGUUAGAUCUCUCUUUGUCCUGCAUAAAGCCUUGAAGUAUCUGAAGGAAUGGCUAAGAUAUCCUGCCAUAAUGUAGCCCUAAGCGUUUUUCUCUGAUAACUCCUCAUCUUUGUUCCUCUGCAAUCUUUGUUUAGGGCAGAAGUGAAUGAUUCAUGACACCUCCCUCAGACUAAUCUAGCCAUGGUUGAGGAAUGCUGAUUUUGGUCCAACAACAUCUUUGUGAACCACAAGAUCUCUACCCUCAAAUUUAUUUGUGUGUGCCUUCAAAUGGUUUCCAGCUUACAGCAACCCUAAGGCUGUAAGUAUCAUUGGGUUUUCUUGCCAGCUGAGACCUAAAGCAGGCAUGAAUUCUAGUCAGACAGUUAAAAACAUACAGGUGGGCUUUGUGAGUACAACAUUGUUCACAUUAUUUUUCAGUGUUGAUGACUGAGCAGAGAGCCUUGUACAGAGCAUAUAGAUUUGAUACCAUGGUUUGGGAAUCCAUUGACCACAAAAUAUUGCUGAUCUCCUAAUACCAUCUUCCAUCAGCAUUGGUCAGUUGGCUAAUGCUUAUGAGAUGUUAGGUCCAAGAGAAGCUGGAGGCCCUCAGAGUCCCUAGUCUUGCUUUAUGUGAAGGUGGAAGGAAGAAGUAUGUCAAGAUGGAAGAGCAUACCAUAUCAUCUUGCCUGUUAAGCAAAAUAUCUUGUUGAUUUCAAAAUAACUAAGAACAUUUGUAUCUCUAAAGCAAGUAUGCAUACAAAGUUAAAUAUAAAAACACUUAUUGUGUUGUAUUGUAUUGUAAAAAAUGUUUUCUAUAAAAUACAAUUAUUCAAGAAUUUGAAUAAGUAAAGUCUUUAUUUUAUUUCCAGAUAGGAUUGGGAGAAAGGACAUUGUUUCAGAAAGAGAGAGCGCACAAGCAGGAUAAUUAUGGAGGGAAAACUCUGAUCCGUGUUUUCCAUUAGCCAACCAGAUCCUUGUCAAGAGUAUCCCAUGACACACAGAUAUCAGUAUAAUAUCUCUCUUCCAAUAAAUUCUUGGGCUAUUGGCCAUGUUCCAUCCACAUCGGGCUCUUCUGGGAGACAGAUUGGCCAUCUUGGAUUUAGAUUUCACACCUUGGAUGGCUUUGGGUUGUUGUAUGUUUUCCGGGCUGUUUGGCCAUGUUUCAGAAGUAUUCUCUCCUGACGUUUUGCCCAUAUUUCCAUGUCCAUACAGCCCAAAAAACAUACAACAACCAUGUGAUCCCAGCCAUGAAAGCCUUCGACAACACUUGGAUGGUUUUCUUAAAGUUCAGACUAAAAUUCAGACUUUCCAUCUCACUCACAUAGAACUAAAAAGCUAUACUUCCUUUUUGCCCCAGAGUCAAAUAAGUGCAACCGAGAAGUGCUUCUUUAAAAAAAAAUUAAAUAUGACUUAUAUACACAUAUAACUUUAUAGAGGAGCUCCCAAUGGUGCAGGAGAUUAAACCAUUGAGCUGCUGAGCUUGUUGACUGAAAGGCCAGCUGUUCGAAUCCAGGGAGCAGAGUGAGCUCUCACUGUAAACCCCAGCAUCUGCCAACCUAGCAGUUCGAAAACAUGCAAAUGUGAGUAGAUCAAUAGGCACCGCUUCGGUGGGAAGGUAACGGUGCUCCAUGCAGUCAUGCCAGCCAUAUUAUCUUUGAGGUGUCUACAGACAACACUGGCUCUUUGGCUUAGAAAUGGGAAUGAUCACCAACCCCCAGAGUUGGACAUGACUAGACUUAAUAUCAGGGGAAACCUUUACCUAUAGCUUUAUUCACUUUCCACAGAGCUUAUUUCCACCAAAGGUUGGAAAGCAAAACAGACGGACAUAUCACAGAGGUUUCGGGCAACAUUCUUGCAGGCAAAUAUGUACAGAUGGGAGCUGCAAUAGGCAGAAGCUACUCACUUGCAGAAGCUGCAUUUGGCUAAAGGGGGCCCUUUGCAGAUGCAGCCCUGAGCACAUUUGGAGCAUCCCAUCAGACAGUGGGCCAGGAACAGCAGCUUUUUAUGUAUGACUUGCACUUGCAGUGUUUGCACUGAAAGUUGCUGCUGCAGGUACAAACACCACUGCUGACACAGGGACCAUCUUGAGCAUCCAUCCUUUUGUUGGCUCUGGAGAUGAAGGUCAGGUGCAAUUAUCAAGAAGUCCUUCUGUCUGUUCCCAUAAACUAGGAGUGAAAAUAUUAUCAUGACUUUUAAUAAGUCUCGUUCUAUUAUCGGGGAUCACAAGGCAGAGUCAUGAGUUUGAAUGGAAGGAGAAAAGGUGAGGGAAAAGAACAGAGCCUAAAGAGAAGCAGAGAGGAAGAGACGGCAUUGAGCAAGUUUAGUGUUAAAAGUUUAUUCCCAAAUUUUAUCUCAGGUAAUAAGUGCAUAUAGAAUUAUAGUUUACACAAUGUUUUUCAUGAUCAGACUGAUGUCUGAUAUCCAAACUGGACAGAAAGCAGCAGCCAUAUGGAAUAUGAAAUCAUCUCAGUUAUGUAAAAAAAGGAUGGAUGGAGUCUCCGCAUCAAAGAAAAUUUUAGUCCAAUUUUCCUUGCUUUGUCUGUCAUCAGACUAUUGUGCAAGUUAUAUAGUGAGAAAUACUUUUCAUGAUUCACCUUCCCCUUUUGGAGAAAAACCUUGGAUUGCCAGAAAGAUCUAGCAGAUUCCUAGAAAUAGGAUUUUCCCCAAGUGCAGGUAAGUGAAACCACGGAUUUGUAUUCCAUGGUUAUGGGUGUCUUUUGUACCAUUCACUUUGAUUGGAUGGCCUCAGCUAUCAUUUGUGUGUGUGUGUGUGUGUUUUUCCAUACAUUUUCACCACACAGUAAAUAAUAUGCAAACCUACCAUGUGUUUCCCAACUAACAAUUUUUCCAAGCUAAAAAGCUCUUGUAAUCUUUCCUCACAGAAGAGCUGCUGACGCAUUGAAAGCCAAGGGAUUACACUUUUCUGCAUCAUUUCCACAAUGUUUCUUGAAAUGGAAUUUACAGUAUUUAUAUUGAAUGAUGACGUUCUGCCAAGUGUGAUAUUUCAAGUGAGAGUGUCCCACAGAUUUCAAUAAAGGCAUUGUGAUACUGGCAGUUUUA